UGCAGUCACGCUGUCUCGUGUUGUUGCGGCCAGUCGACUAAUCUCCACUUCCAAAGCAUUUGCAGAGCACUCUGUCGGCACAUAGUAGGAAGGGAUGCAUGGUGAGCUAGCUAGAUGAUAUGGCUUUCACCUUCUCAGUAAUCAUGUUUGACUUCCUGAAAACCCGGCUUCUAAAGCAAUGGAAUUAGCCACGUGAAUUAAACGUGUUUUUUGAGGGGUUUGGAGUUUCUUUUUGUACAUGUUCUUCAGCAGGUAGUUUGGAUUUUAUGACCGGGAACGGUGGACUCCAGCGAAACGCAUGAGAAUUAUAACUCUUAAGAGGAGGAUCUGUGAAAGCUUUUGCUGUAGUUUCGCUUUACAUUUUCAUGGAAAGUAUUUUCUUUUUUCAACAUCAUAAGUAACAAUGGCCAAGAGCACAGAAGGUCCAGCAGAAGACCUCUCCAAGGUGCCGGACGAGGAGCUGAUGAAGUGCGGUAAGGAAGAGUUGAUACGCAGGCUGCGACGCUCAGAAGCCGAGAAAAUGGGAAUUAUGUUGGACCACGGCAACUUGAUCAGGGAAGUCAACCGAAGGCUGCAGCUUCAUCUUAACGAGAUUCGGGGACUCAAGGACAUAAACCAGAAGUUGCAGGAGGACAACCAUGAGCUGAGGGACCUCUGCUGCUUCUUGGAUGAUGACAGGCAAAAGGGGAAAAAAAUGUCAAGGGAGUGGCAGAGACUGGGGAGGUACAGUGCUGGAGUGAUGCGAAAAGAAGUGACCUUGUAUUUGCAAAAACUGAAGGAGCUUGAAGUGAAGCAAGAGGAGGUGAUAAAGGAAAACCUGGAACUGAAAGAACUUUGCUUGAUGCUGGAUGAGGAAAAGAGUAGUGGUGCGGGUAGCCGCAAUUCAGUAGACAGCCAGAAUAGCCUGUGCCAGAUAUCAGCAACAAGCAGUGGCCUAUUGAGGGACGUGGGAGAUGGGAGCAGUACUUCCAGCACAGGAAGCACAGGCAGUCCAGACAAUCUCCAUCACAAACAUCUGGCAACUGGCAGUCCAGAAUGCCUCCAGAAACCACAAAGUGAGGGAAGCCCAGAGCACCAGCAACAAAAUAAAUGUAGCAGUAGCCCUGAUCAAAAACAUCUGAGAAAGGCAAGCCCAGAACAGCACAAGGGCCUUGGCAGAGGGAGUCCUGAGCAUCAAAAGCUUACUGCUGCCAGCCCUGAAAAUCUGCAGAAACACCUUAUGAGCAGUACUAGUAGCCCAGAGCACUUCCAACAGCACAGAGGAGGUGGCAGCCCAGAACAUCAAAAGUACAGCAGUGUUAGCCCCGAACAUCUGCAGAAACAAGCACUGACUGCUACUCCAGAACUCCAGAAAGCCAAAGGAGGAAGCCUGGAGCAGCUCAGACACCCAUACAGUGGGAGCCCGGAGCACCUAAAGUACCAAGGUGGAAGUACCAGUAGGGAAGGGAUGCAGAGAAGGCAAGCCCCAGAUGAAAUGUCGCCUCAUCACAGGAGUAUAUACAACGGGAUGAAUGGUGGGUUGAUAGACCUACUGAAACCUCAUUUGCAAAGACUACAGGCACACAAAACACAAAACACUAAACAGUGACAGUAUUUCAUUUUAACAUGUCUGUCUUUGAACCCUGGAAUUGUUAGCCCUCAACUGGGGUCUGGUAUUUCUUGGGUUUUUUAAAGACUGCAGGAAUCAUUGUUUGAACAGCAAUGAUAACAUUAAAAUAGUACCUCAGACCAAGUAGAUUUGGGAUGAAUAGCUUAUACUAGGCACAGUGGUACUCAACUCUGGCCCUCGAGAUCUAUUCCAGUCUUGGUCUUUAUUCCAACCAGGUC